AUGGCAAGCGACGACGAUUUCGAAGUAGAGACGCCCGACUUGGCAGAGCAUGAUCCUAUGAGAGCCUUCCUUCCAGCCUCCUUUGGCAAGAAAUCCAAGGAAGCGAACAUUGCAGCCCAAAUCGACCGAAGUAAGAGGAACACAAAUGCCACAGCAACUACUGGUUUGCUAGAUGCAAAGGUGUCGGAGGCGAAGGAACCCAUCCCCAAGGGGCGGGAUUCUAGCGAUAGCGAUGAUAGCGACGACGAUUCGGACGAUUCCGACCACGGAGAUGAGUAUCCCGUGUCUCACGAACUUGUUUUGAAGACACACAGUCGUGCGGUUACCACGGUUUCCUUGGAUCCCUCCGGAGGCCGACUCUUGACUGCUUCUCUCGAUUGCAUAAUUAAUUUUCACGACUUUGCGUCCAUGACACCAACUACACUACGAGCAUUCAAGACCGUUGAUCCCUAUGACACGAAGAAAUCAUCCAGUACGGAGUCGCACCCCAUCCACCACGUGGAAUUCAACGAGCUUUCUGGAGGCGUCUUCCUAUGUGUCGCUGCUCACCCGCAGGCUAAAAUCAUGUCAAGAGACGGUGGAAUCCUGACGGAAUUCGUCAAAGGAGACAUGUAUCUCAGAGACAUGAACAACACGAAAGGUCACAUUUCAGAAAUCACUACUGGAACGUGGCACCCAACAGACAAGAAUAUUUGCGUCACGGCCGGCACGGACAGCACGCUGCGAAUAUGGGAUGUCAACAACAAGCGAUCUCAAAAGGAGGUAGUGGUGUUCAAGUCCAAAGCCGCAGGCUCAGCAGGCAGAACGAAAAUGACAGCGGUAGCCUGGGCCAAGCCAUUUCAGGGUGGCAAUAAUGUGCUUGUGAGUGCAGCGCUCGACGGUACCUUGGUUAUGUACGGCGGCAAUGGACCAUUUGCUCGACCUGCGGGUGAAAUUCAAAGCGCCCACAAGCCACACACUUGGACCAGCGGCAUUGAUAUCUCUUCUGAUGGCCGCAUGGUAGUUACACGAGGGGGUGACGACCUUAUCAAGCUCUGGGACACCAGAAAAUUCACCGGACCUCUUGUCAGCGUCUCUCACACAGCCACGGCAGAUCACUUCACGACCAGCAAUAUUCGAUACUCGCCAAACUCCACCAGCAUCAUUACCGGUUCGGAAACAGGACAUUUGCAUAUUCUGAACCCUGGAAAUCUUCGGGCUGAACAUGUGACACCUAUAACACCCGGGUCGCCUUUGGUCACUGUGAAUUGGCAUCCAAAGAUCAACCAGAUUGUUACAGGUUCUGCCAACGCUGAAACGCACGUCUUGUAUAACCCAACAACCUCAAGCCGCGGCGCCGUGGAAGUCAUGUCUCGAGCGCCGAAGAAGCGCCAUAUAGACGACGACCCGAACUUGACGAUGGAUCAAGGGCUAGGCAUGUCUGGCGAUGCAAUCAUCACACCUGGUGCGUUGCCUGGUGCCAAGAAGUCGGGCGUGACUGGGACUGGUCGCUCGAAGGAUCCGCGUCGACCCCAUAUCCCUCAGCAAACUCCAUUCCAAAAGAACCAACCAGACGAGAAACAUGUUGCUAAGAACAUCCCACUUGCUCGCAUGUUACACGAAGAUCCUCGGGAGGCGCUGUUGAAGUAUGCCGACAAGGCCCAAAAUGAUCCGAUUUUUACCAAAGCAUGGAGUAAGACACAGCCCAAGACACAGUACGCGGAGCUAAGCGACGAAGAGGGUGAUGGGCCGGACAAGAAGAAGGCGAAAAGGUGA